AUGGAGCCCGACAUGAAAUCCGCCAGCCGCGCAUCUGGCCGCACAAGAAAACCCACUCUGAAAGCGAAGGAGGCCGAACUCAACAAAGUUACAAAGCCUAUGACGAAAGCUAAACCUAGGAAAAAGGCCGUUAAGAAGGAUACUCCGGCAUCUAAGGGAUCUAUAAAACAAAGUCCAAAGCUAGAGCCACAGCCAGAGCCAAAGACAGAACCAAAGACAGAUACUUCAAAGCUAGAAGACCCAAAACUAGAGAGCCCAGAGCUGGUCAAGCCGGAUAAUGGAAAAGAGACCAUUGCACCACCCGCAUUACCAACGAUCCCGACCAUCACCAUUACUGAUGAAACGGGUAAAACAACCGAGGUACCCCAAACACCACCCCGUUUGAGCAAAGAAGACGAAAUGGCAGUCACCAUACUGCUAGAGAUGGCAGCGGCAGCGUUGGCGCCAGACUUCACCCCAGAGGUCGAGGUCGACCUGGUAGAUCAUAGCCGCCAGUUCUACUCCCAAUUUCCAACAGCAGUGGAGGCUGAGACGAUGGGUCGGCUGGCCGACUCGUCUGAGCUCGCCUACCCAGACCUCCGUCGUCCGUACACAGAUAAGGGUGGGUGGACGCAUACUGGCCGUGUCAAUCAGCAUGGUGAAGAGUAUAUCAUCAUGCCACUGUCUUUCACCAGAUGGUCGCCCGCCGAAACCGUCGACCCUUCGACAGCCACCGACGCUCCAGUUCUGCAGCCAAGCGAGGCGUGA